GUUCCCUCAUAAGAAAGACGAGGGAUGGUGGAUUGUUUUCGGUGAUGAUUCCAAAAAUACGUUGUUGGGUAUCAAACGAAUCACCCUAAACAAGGUUUUGAAUGUAAAAUUGGACUUCACGUGUCCACUAGAAGCUGGGGAACACUCGUUAAAACUUUACGUUAUGUCAGACUCAUAUAUGGGAUGCGAUCUAGAAUAUGAUAUUGAAAUUAAUGUAGUGGAAGGUGGUGAUGAUAGUGAUGAUGAGGAAGAAGGGGAGGAAGGUGCACAAAAUGAAUAA